UGUUUACACGUUGCAAUAUAUAAGGUACCAGAGUUUUCAAGUCUUUAUUCGACGCAGUAUUUAUGAAUUUCAAGUUUAAUAUUCAUUAUGCUGCUGUUGGUAUGGCUCUCCAUCGUUGGGGCGGCUUUUGCCUCAGAACAGAACCUGAUAUUAAUGGUUCCCACCUUCAUCCAACCCGGGUCCAACUUCAGUGUAGAGAUCCAUAGCAAGGCCUUGAGAUGGGACAUACCUCUCCUCGGAGCAAUACUGGAUGGUAACGGCAGAACUGUGGGCUCUGCAAGUACAACUGUUCCAUCAAAUGGAGUGGCUCAUAUGCGGAUAAAGGUACCAAAAGGCAUAUCGCAAACAGCUGACCACAUCUUUACCUGCCGACCGUCAACCCAAGAUUUUAAGAUGGAACCUGUUGAACAACAUUUGGUCUUCAGAAAGGAUGAGUAUUUCUUCAUCCAGACAGACAAAUUCAUCUACAAGGGGGGACAGACAGUGAGAUUUCGGAUAAUUUCGUUGAAUGAAUACCUGCUGCCAUCUACAUCGAGCCUGAACAUUACUGUUCGGGAUCCUAAUGGACAAAAGGUCAACGAAUGGAUCCAAGCAACCCCAACUAAAGGAGUGUUCUCUGAGACCAUUAGACUUGUUGAUCAGCCAUCAUUCGGCAUAUGGUCCAUUGUGUCAUCUGAUGGGAUAAAAGUAGCAACUGCCAACAUUAAAGUGACCAACUUCUAUCUACCUAAAUUCGAAGUGAAGGUUCAGUCCGAAAACCAAGCUUCGUAUGCCCUCUUGACAGACGCUUCCGUGGAUGUGAAGGUCUCAGCAAAGUACACCUUUGGUAAAGAUGUUCAAGGAAAUGUGUCCAUAGUCGGUCUUUUGCAGUCCUGGGACAUACCAACAUACCAUGGCCGCAGAUUUCCUUUGAUAAAAGAUGGACCCCAAAAUCUGACCUCAGGAGAGGCUGUGUUUAGCAUUCCUAUGUCCCGGAUCCUACAGAUGCAGUCCUUCCUGGGUGCUCCCCUUUCAACAGACUCCCUGAUUAUCGACGCCUACGUGGAGGAGUCAGGGAUCACAAUGAAUGGUUCCGGGUCCAUCUCUCUCUAUGAAACAUCGGUUAUCUUGAAACUCACUACGCCACACAAGUACUACAAGCCUGGUUUGCCGUUCAUAUUUCAGACAACGAUCACACAGCCCGACGGAAGUCCUCUUAAAUCUCAAGACCAGAAAGCGCAGCUUACCAUUAUUACUAACAGAAAUUCAACAAAGAUGUCCUUUACUCCUUCAAUGAGUGGUAUUGAUGGCCACAAAGUAGACAUCCCCAUUGGUACAAACUCUCUGUUUCUGGAGGUGGAAUACAACGGGCUGGUGGAAGGUUUGAAACCACAAUCCUUCAUGUCUCCUUGGAACAACUUCUUGGAAAUCCUCCCUGUCACGAAUGAAAUACAGGCUGGAACUCUCCUAAACCUGACCGUUCUUUCAAACAAGCCUAUGCCUGAUCUACGUUACCAGAUCUUUGUUCGAGACGAAUCCGUGGAGGAUGGGAUAUUUCAUAGUAAUAAUAAAAGCAUGACGACUAUGGCGAUUCCCGUCACACAGCUGAUGUUUCCCAGAGCCCAUGUCCUCGUCUACUACUUCCUCGACGACGGAAGAGCUGUGGGAGACAUAACGUCAUUUGACGUGGGGAACUCUGCCAAGAACAAGUUGAAGGUGGAGUUCAGUAAAAGUCAGACCCGUCCCGGGGACACCGUCAGCCUCCAAGCCAACGGCCCUGCGGGGGCUACCGUCUACAUUACAGCCGUCGACAAGAGUGUUCUCAUCUUGGGCAAUACUAACGAAAUGACACGAUCAAGAUAUACCAACAAAUUGCUGGAACAUGACGUCACACCGGAUGACAGAACCAUGGAUGAUAUGUUGACGCAUGAGGGCAUACAGAUUUUGGUUCGCCAAGCAGACAUCGACGAAUGCAACUCCAACCCUUGUAUCCAUGGAGGCACGUGCAGUGAUAGACUCCCUGGUUACAACUGUGACUGCCCUAUUGACGUCACAGGGAAGAACUGUGAGAGCUUCAUGGGGUGUCGCAUCAUCCCUUGUCAACAUGGCGGUACAUGUCAUCACAUCAACUAUGACCCCUGGUACACCUGCACAUGCCCUCAACUGAUCACCGGGAAGAACUGUGAACAUGUGACAGAAUGCUUCACGUUGCCCUGCCAACAUGGUGGAAGCUGUGUAGUGACCUCCUCGGGACACAUCUGCCAUUGUAACCAGUACAUUGAAGGGGUUAACUGUGAAACGAUUACCGAGUGUUUUCAUCAGCCCUGUCAGAACAAUGGAACAUGUGUCGUGUUGCCAUCAGGGCACAGAUGCCAGUGUCCACAAUACAUUGAGGGUGACCACUGUCAGCUGGUGACAGACUGUUAUUCUCGACCUUGUCUAAACGGAGGUACCUGCCAGGUGACGUCAUUGGGGUACACCUGCGUUUGCUCUAGGGCCAACACUGGAAUGAACUGUGAAUCUUUCACAGGACUUCCAGCAGCAGCAUCUACCGCUUUCCCAACUGGGUCCCCAAGUCGUGGACAAUCUGGCCUUCCAACGGCAUUGCCCGGCCAGACAGUCUUUGGUCCAGCAACAGCUUCGCCUAUGGCAGGUCAGUCUGGAUUUCCAACAGCUUCUCAGCCUACGCCAGGCCCUUCUGGAUUUCCAACAUCGAGCACUGGGGAUGUCCUCGUCGACAGGACAAGGGGACGGACCAAUUUCGUUGAUACCCUGCUGUGGACCAAUGCCACCCUAGGGUCGACGGGCAGUGUGGACAUCCCCGUCCAACUGGGGGACACGGUGACGACAUGGGUGGCGAGUGCCUUUGCUAUGAGCUCAAUGUAUGGACUAAGCAUUACGUCAGGAUACACCGAGAUUCUCUCGUCUUUAAAGUUUUUUGUGUCGCUUGUCACACCUGAUCAUAUUAUUUCCGGAGAAAAGAUAUAUCUCCAACCGGUUGUCUACAACUACAUGGGAUCGGAAACUCCGGUUACACUCAUCAUUGAAAAUUCUGUCAGCAAGGACAAUGUUUACAGAAAUGGCCAGAUCAAACAUGGAGAGAGCUUGUCAUUUGACGUACCUACAUCCUUCACAGUGCUUGGUACAGUGACAGUGAAAGUAACAGCUGUGAGCUUACUUGGCAACAGCCGAGAUACGGUCAUUAAGGAGAUACAAGUGAAGCCACAAGGAGCACCCCAGGAUUAUAAUUUCCCAGUGAUAAUCGACCUGACCUCCACUUCAUCUGUUCCCACGGUUGUCGAUGUCGUUUUACCAGCUACCGUUGUCAAGGGGUCAGUGAAAAUCAAAGCCAAAUUAUCAGGUGAGAUCCUGGCUUCCAGUAUCCACGGUCUGGGCCAGUUACUGACCUUCCCUUCCGGUUGUGGUGAGCAGACGAUGAUCGGGCUGUCUCCAGACAUUUACAUAGCAAAGUAUCUCACGGCCACUGGACAGAUGACACCUGCCCUCAAAGACAAGAUAGUCAACUAUAUCAAACAAGGGUAUCAGAACGAGCUUAUAUAUCAGCUUCAUGACGGCUCCUUCUCCACCUUCACAUAUGAUAACAUCGGGAGUACAUGGUUGACUGCCUUUGUCAUAGAAUCGUUCAAGGAGGCCAAAUCCUUUACUUUCGUCAGUGAUGACGUCAUUAUCCGUGCAUUGGAUUGGUUGAUGGGCCAGCAGAACAGUGAUGGUUCUUUCCGGGAACCUCAUACUCUCUACCAUAAGGAUAUGCAGGGUGGAACCAAAUCAACAGUUGCUCUCACAGCCUAUAUAACAGUAGCUUUGGAAGCUAGUAAAACCUUUGACAGGGAAUCACGAAGAUCCAUCGCAGAUGCCCUUAAGCUAGCCCUCCGCUACCUCCAGUCGCAAUACACCAGCCUUGACGACAACCAUGCCCACGCCCUCGCUCUCACAGCAUACGCAUCCACCAUCACUGGAACCAGUUUCAGCAGCCACAUAGUAAACCAGCUGAACGCCAUUGCUCAUGUUGAUGGUCAAGUAAAAUACUGGACGGCAAGUAAGACUACCACUGUCCCAAAACGAGAACCGUGGAAGGACGAACAGCGAUUUAGUCGACCAAUCGACAUUGAGACUUCCGCCUUCGCUCUUCUCACCCACACAGCCAGGGGGGAACUCGGGGAGGGGCUCAAGGUCAUGAAGUGGAUUGUCCAGCAGAGGAACCCCAAUGGAGGUUUCACAUCAACACAGGACACUGUGGUGGCGCUGAAAGCCCUGUCUGAGUUCCACACUGCCUUACACCAGGCCCAGUCCUCGCCACACCCGCUCAACAUCGCAACAACCAUAACCACUACUGGCUUCAGCAAGAGCUUUCAGAUUGAUGACACCAACAAAGAUGUCCUUCACGAACUUGAGCUGCCGGUUGACAGUGGUUCAGUCAACGUAACAGCAACUGGUUCAGGACUCGGUGUUGUCGAGGUGGCAGUUUUCUACAAUGUUAAUGCACCGGAAGGCAACUCGGCGUUUGAUCUUAUCGUCACUGUAAUCAAACAAAGUGUGCAGUCAGUAACAGUGCACAUCUGCGCCAGAUGGAACCUGGCAGGGUCCAGUGGUAUGGCCGUUAUCCGGGCGGGUAUUCCUACGGGGUUCGAACCCGAUGUCGGACUCAUCAAAGACACCUACAAUCUCAAAAAGAAGGAAUAUAAAUCAGGAAAUGUUGACCUCUACUUUGAACAGAUCGGGGGCAGUCAAACAUGCGUUGAUGUCAUAGCCAACAGAGUCGGGAUGACCGUCAAUACGCAGAAGUCAGUAGUCCUGCUCUUUGACUACUACAACCCGGUGAAUCACCGGACUGUGUUCUACAUGUCUUCUGUCCUCAACGAGGCCACGCCCUGCGAUAUUUGCCCGACCUGCGCCGGUUGUGGGAAUCUGAUUAUCGGGAAGUAGGUGAUCGAAGCGCAAGGAAUACCCUGACCACAACACUUGUGUACACUAACUUACCAAUAAAUAAUCGAGCAUA